AUGAGGUAUCAAUUGCAAGAAAAAGCAUUGCCUAAUCGAUCACAGCCAACAACUCGUAAUGGUACGAUGAUAUAUCCUGAUUUCAAUAUACAAAAAUCAAAAACUCUUGAUCGACUCGGUCCUGUAUCUGUUCAACGUGUUAAUCCAAGCAUAAAAGUUCAACCACCAUAUUAUGAUGAAUAUCUUGCUGCUGAGAAACAAAAAGAAGCACAAACAGGUCGAUGGGUGUUAAAUGUUAUAGCAGCAAACGAAGCAUAUCAAAAAGGACAUAUGACUAAUAGUAAUAAUAAUAAUCUGUGGUAUACAGAUUCUAAACGAUCAUCACAUAGUAGAAAUCGAUUACCAAAUGAAACCAUAAUAAAUCAAGUGUCAAUUCAUAAUAGUCAACCUACUCCGUUGUCAAGAUUUUCUAGUGCAACACAGAUUUACGAUAUUGAAACAAUAGAUAGAUCAAUACUAUCAUCACUAACACGAUCAAGUAGUCAAUCAAGAGAUUAUUCAACAGAUAAUUUUAACGAUAGUGAUGAGAACACAUGUUUAUCAAAACGAAUGUUGAUUAUAAUUACAGUAAUAUCAAUAAUUCUUAUCAUUGGUAUUUUUGUUGCAGUUUUAGUGACGAUAUUUGUUGGCCGAAAUCUCAAAUCCAUAUUAACUCCAUUAUCUUCAGAAAAUAAUUGGCUAUGUCCAAUGCAAAUGUUUAAUAUAACUGAUCCAUUAUGUAAUGGACAAGUUUCUUAUAAUUAUUAUUCAUGUUAUCAAAUGGCAAUAUCAACAUCAUUUACUAUUCAAUUUGCUCUACAACAUGAUACAAUAUCUGGUCAUUGGUAUUUUGAUGAUAUUAGUGCAGUACAAAAUGAUAAUAUUCAACUUAUCAUUAAUGGUGGAUUUGAAUCGAAUUUAACUGGAUGGACACUUAAUAUUUCAUCAAAUUCUACACCAGAUACAUAUGUAGAUACAAUAACAAAUUUAGCUCAUACAGGUUCUGCAUAUCUAUAUGGAGCUUCGAAAUUCUAUCCGGCUUAUAUACAACAAACAUUUCAAGUUAUUCAAGAUGAAUAUAUUAAUAUAAGUUUUUGGUGGAGAUAUGAUGGAGGAUUAAAAUUAGGACACACAUGUCAAGCUAUUGGACAAUUAAUACCAUUAUUGUAA